ACAGCAGCCGAGCAGAGGGGAGGCUGAGCGGAUGGAAGGGGCUGAGGGACCGCGGAGGAGAUAAACCGGAGAGUACUGGAGAUACCGGGAGAUACCUGGAGACUAACCCGGGGAACAGAGCCUCACAGCGGGGUGGGGGGGACACCCGGGACACGCGACCCUGCAGCUGGGGGCAGGGGGGGGGGGGACAGAGGCGCGCGGACAGGGGAGCACAGCUUUAAAACAAUGCAUGCAAAAUGCUGCGUCUCGUGAGGAGGACACGUUCUCGCCUUUCUUUCUGAUUGAUGAUGAUGUUCAGGGUCCGAGGAAGAUGAAGAUGAAGGAUGCUGCGCCUCCCCAAAUCUGAAUCCUAGUGAGAGCGCGGCCCUGCGUGGAUGAGUUGCGAGGGUGUGUGUGUGUGUGUGUGAGUGUGUGUAAGUGAGCGUCAGCGCUCCCACAUGGCCUCCAUGCAAGACGGGCUGAACUUCACGGCUCCUCCCUACGGCAAAGUGCUGCUGCUGGGCGCCAUCGCUGCUGCCUCCGCCUUCGUGGUCACCAUCCUCAUCGUGGUGCUGUGUGUGGGCUGCCAGCGGAAGGGAAAAACGCACAAUGUUCCCGGCGAGGGUGGAAAACACCGUCUCAUGGACAUGGGUAUUCUCCGACAGUCCAAGCUGCGCUCCAUCAGUAAAUCAGACGCUGAGAUGAACAAGAUGAACUGCAAUGGCAAAAGCAGGGCCGGGCAGACGGACACCCCGGCCCCCCCCGCUGUGCCCGCCAACACCCCGGCGCCUCCGGACCCCGACGGAGACGCUGAGGGAGGGAUGCCCGACUCUGAGGUCAUGCAGCCCGCUCCUCCUCCUCCUGAGGCGGCUGAGUACGCCUGCGUCCGGAAGCUGAGGAAGGCGGACAAGGUGCCGCAGAAGAGAGACAGCGGGACGGACAUGGCGGAGGCGCCGGUGCCUCAGCAGAGACACCCACCCCCGUCUCACCCUGCUCCCCCCCCUCCUCACCCCACUCACCCCCACAGCACCAAGCUGCCCCGCAGGAACCAGGACGCCUUCAACGUGCCCGCGUUCCCAAAGGAGGUGAUGUUUAUGGGCAACGGAGAGCAGUACAUCUGGAAGCCUCCGGAGGAAGAGGAGAUGCUCAUGCACCAAAACAAGUCCCUGGGACCGCUGGGUGCUCACACGGUGGAGAACAUCCAGCCGUCUGCUGCUGUGGUGGCGGAGAUGUACUCGAAGGUGUGUAAACCUGGGAAGAAGAAGCGAGCGGUGCCGGGGUCUCCUCCAGGAAACCCUGGCUUCCGGACCCUGGGUCGGGGGGACCGGGACCGGGAUCGGGACGGCGGGUUCAGUGUUGUUGUGAAGCCGCAGACGUGGGCCCUGCCGGAGGGGAGGGCCGGGGCGCUGGACGACCACUGCUACGAGUCCAUCGGCACGGAGGAGUGCGACCUGGCCUACGAGAACCUGGACGCGGCCUGGAAGAGAGAGAGGCCGCCCAACACCUGCGCCACCUUGAGACCACGGAGGAAGAAGUCCCAGCAGCCUUUGCAGCAGCAGCAGCCGCCACCGCCGCCGCCCACGCAGCAGCAGCCCCCCCCCCACCUGCAGCAAGCCAAAUCCCUGCUGCUGCCGGGGGAGAACCUGUACGAGAGCAUCGGGGACCUGAAGCAGGGCUCGAACACCUCCAGCACCACCACCAUCUUCACCUUCAACGACGGCAUGGAGAUGUACGUGACGGGGCUGUGAGACCCUCAUCAGGCUCUAAAGACCCUCCAUCAGGAUCUGAGACCCUCCAUCAGAACCUGAGACCCUCCAUCAGGCUCUGAGACCCUCCAUCAGGCUCUGAGACCCUCCAUCAGAACCUGAGACCCUCCAUCAGAACCUGAGACCCUCCAUCAGGAUCUGAGACCCUUCAUCAGGCUCUUAAGACACUCCAUCAAGACCUGAGACCCUCCAUCAGGAUCUGAGACCCUCCAUCAGGCUCUGAGACCCUCCAUGCCCCCCAACACAUACUGUUUACAUUCAGUCAUAACGUCGUCGUCCUCACAAACAUGUGGAUCUGUUAUGACCCGGGCUCCCCUCUAUAAACCUUACAACGAAUCCAAAGGUAGUGAACACUAAAUGAGCACAAGACCCCGCAGAGCGAUCUGUGGGGAACAGUAGCACUUCUAUUUUACUGAGACAUAUGUGCUAAGCACAAUUAAGUAAAAAGCCUAAAUUCUUCCUCAAUUAUAGCGGGUAAAAAGGUCCGAGCAGGACUGGUAUUGCGGGAAAAGGCACAGCAUUGUGGGAGAUCUUUUGGUAGCACUUAUCAUGAGCAGGCCUUCCCUGUAGAGUCAAGAUGUGAAUUUAAAUGAUAUAUAAGGAAUGAAUUACUAAUCAAAAAUACUUGAAAGCUCAGGGACCAAGAGAAACAAUUAUGAGAGUAUUAUAAGUAAAUAAAUUGCACACAUUUUGCAUUCCUCCUAAAAAGCUUCAACUCAUUUAAGACCAUCAUCAUGUUUAGAAAAGCGACCGGAUACUUCCCUCCGUCAUGUGGGGCUGGGCGAUGUCGGGAAAUCUGAUACCGUGAUAUGUUUGACCAAAUACCGAUAAUGUGACGAUAUCGUACUGUUGACCUUUGGUGGGUUCACUAAAUAUUUACUCAAUGAGAUUUUCUCAACAGAUAAUUAGCAUAAUUCAAAAUAAUGGAAGAGCGGUCUGGUGAUUCGAAUAACUCCAAAUAUUGAAUGUGAAAAGAUGUUUGGCACUCAUGUCCUUCAUACGGCUUAAUACCAACGUUUAUAGAUUGUCUAAUUAAUGUUAAAACCUAUUUACAAAAAUUACAAAUCGACACUUUUGGCUUUUAAACGUAAUACUCGCUCAACGCUGCUUUAUGGAUCACGCAAAUCCACUUUCAGGUUAGGGCAAGUAUUUGUAAUCAUUGCGCUCACAUGCCGUUUAACACCCACGAUAAUGGCUCAUCUUGAAAGCUUAGAAAAAGCCUUAAAACUAGGAAAAGACAGCUUGUACAAUAUCUCAAAUCUCAGACGAUAUCUCGCCUCAUAUCACGAUAAUGGUAUAUUAUGGGAUGUAUUGCCCGGCCCUACUUCACGUUAAGUUUGACCGGACAUGGACUGAACACUGUCUCCACUGCCGUCUGUAAAUUAAGUGUUUUACUUUGUUGAUCCUGUUUCUGCACUUUGCCUGCUACAAGUUGCAUGCUAGAAGAAAAAAGAAAUCACAAAAAAAAUCAAGCACUGUCAUGUGGUUCCUCUAUAUGGAUGUUUUUCAUUUUAAAUUGUCGUUGGUUGUUUUUUUGAGUUUUAUUUUUAAAAGUGUGUUGCUUUAUUUCUCUGUAGAGCACAAAGUUAGAUUUAAGACGUCCGGGACUCUGAGGGGAGAGUUGACUUUCUCUCGUCUCACACACCGAGAGGAAACUCAAGAGAACUGCAAGGUGGAGACAGACACACACACACACA